CUUCGUCACUACCUGUUGCAUCAAGAAACAAAUUUUUCAAAUACCACAAAUUGAACGAAAAACCUUUAAGCGCGUGAAGCAUUAUCAGAAGAACGUGAACAAGGUAAAAGUAUCACUAUGCAGUAUACUGUUUUGGUUAUUGGUGGUGGUGGUAGAGAACAUGCAAUUGCCUGGAAACUUUCACGGUCUCCUUAUGUAAAUAAAAUAUAUGUUUCGCCUGGAAACACUGGAAUUUCAUUGGUUGAUAAGGUUGAUUUAGUAAAACUAAAUGUAAAGAAUAACGAGGAAGUAGCACACUGGAGCAAGGAGAACAAUGUAAAUUUAGUAGUUGUCGGUCCAGAAGAAUAUUUGGCAAAUGGAUUAUCGGACCAAUUAAAAAAUGUAGGAAUUGAUUGCUUUGGGCCACAAAUGGCAGCAUCUAAAAUUGAAUCUGACAAAUAUUGGGCAAAGGAUUUUAUGGACAGACACAAAAUUCCUACAGCGAAAUGGAAAGGAUUUACAAAUGCGGAUGAAGCAAAGCAAUUUGUGAUGAAUGCACCAUUUCCAGCACUUGUAAUAAAGGCUUCAGGUUUAGCAGCUGGAAAAGGAGUUAUUGUAGCAAAGGAUCAACAAGAAGCAUGUACAGCGAUAGAUGAAAUUUUAACAAACAAAAAGUUUGGAUCUGCUGGAGAGUCGAUAGUUGUUGAAGAGCUACUCGAGGGUGAAGAAGUUUCUGUACUAGCAUUUACAGAUGGAAAUACUGUUGUACCAAUGGCACCUGCACAAGAUCAUAAAAGAAUAUUUAAUGGAGAUAUGGGACCAAAUACUGGUGGUAUGGGCGCUUAUUGCCCAUGUCCCUUAUUACAAACAGAAGAUUACGAAGUAGUGAAAUUAGAUAUCCUUCAGAAAACCAUCAAAGGCCUUAAAGAAGAGCAAAUCCCAUUUGUUGGUGUACUGUACGCUGGAUUAAUGUUAACAAAGAAUGGACCCAAGGUUUUAGAAUUUAACUGCAGAUUCGGAGAUCCAGAGACACAAGUGGUGUUGCCAUUGCUGAAAUCAGAUUUGUUUACAAUUAUGAAGGCUUGUUGCGAGGGUUCUCUGGUUGAAUCUCUAGUCACAUGGCAAGAAAAUGUAUUUGCUGUCGGUGUUGUUUUGGCAUCUCGCGGAUAUCCGUCAUCAUCAUCAAAAGGCCAAGUUAUAACUGGGGUCAAUGACGUUUUAAGAAAAUCGAACCAUUUUGUUUUCCACAGUGGUACAAGUAUUUCUCCCGAGAAAGAAUUGUUGACUAAUGGAGGAAGAGUUCUGAUUACAGUAAGUUUAGCAUCCUCGUUGGCUUUAGCUGCCGCCAAAGCAACACACGCUGCUCAAAGCAUAUCGUUUGAAGGAAAACAAUUUAGAACAGAUAUAGCACAUAAAGGAAUUGCAAGAUCUAUAUUACAUCACGGACAACUUACAUAUAAAAGUAGCGGCGUGGAUAUAGCAAUGGGCGAUUCAUUAGUUUCGGCUAUUAAGCCAUCAGCAUGUUUAACACAACGUUUGGGCACGUUGGGUUCGAUUGGUAGCUUUGGUGGAUUAUUCGACAUAAAAGCACUGGGGUACAAGGAUCCAAUUUUAGUAUCUGGCACUGAUGGUGUCGGAACUAAAUUAAAGAUAGCAUUUGAAUGCAACGUACACGAUACAGUAGGUGUAGAUUUAGUAGCUAUGUGUGUAAAUGAUGUUCUUGCACAUGGUGCAGAACCAUUAUUUUUUCUCGAUUAUUUCGCCUGUGGCAAGUUGAAUGUCGAUAUAGCCAGAGAUGUUAUAAACGGAGUAAGCGAAGGAUGUAAAAGAGCUGGAUGUUCAUUGGUCGGUGGGGAAACAGCAGAGAUGCCCGAUAUGUAUUCCAACGGAGAAUAUGAUUUAGCAGGAUUUGCCGUAGGCGCGGUAGAAAGGGACAGAUUACUUCCACGUAUAAAUGACAUAAAGCAUGGUGACGUUGUAAUUGGCCUUCCUUCAAGUGGAAUACAUAGCAAUGGAUUCAGUCUUGUUCGAAAAGUUUUGAAAAUAGCAAAUAAAAAAUAUUUGGAUAUAGCACCUUUCUCUGAGAAUAACCAAACAAUUGGCAAUGAACUCUUGAAACCGACAAAAAUUUAUGUAAAAGGAGUAAUUCCUGCUUUGCAAACGAAUUUGGUAAAGGCAUUUGCACAUAUUACUGGAGGAGGUCUUACAGAAAAUAUACCAAGAGUUUUACCGAGAAAUAUGGGAGUAACAUUGGAUGCGACUAAAUGGAAAAUACAACCAGUUUUUGGUUGGUUAGCAGCUAUUGGUGGCAUAAGCAAAGAAGAAAUGUUAAGAACAUUUAACUGCGGCAUUGGCGCUAUUUUGAUUUGUUCGGAAAAAGAUAAAGAUGAAGUUUUACUUAAACUGCAAAUGGAAGAUCCUAAAGUAAUUGGAUAUGUAAAUAAUCAGAAAGACAAUCAAAUUAGAGUGAAUGUUGGAAAUUUUGAAGAAGUCUUGGAAUUAGAGAUGAAACGAUAUGUACCGGACAUCGUAGUGGGAUUAAGCAAGCCUUUAAAACGAGUCGGUGUUCUCAUAUCUGGUAGCGGUACCAAUCUGCAGUCGCUAAUCGAUGCAACUCGAGAUCCAACGCAACAUAUUGGUGCAGAAAUAGUCAUAGUAAUAUCGAACAAAUCAGGUGUUGAAGGACUUAAACGAGCUGAAAAAGCUGGCAUUAAGACAGUUGUUAUUAAACAUACUGACUAUCCUAGUCGAGAAGCUUUCGAUUCGGCGAUGAAUGUUGAACUUGAUGCUGCUGGAGUUGAAAUAAUUUGUCUUGCUGGUUUCAUGCGUAUUUUAUCAGAUAGUUUUGUAACCCGAUGGCGAGGUGCGUUAAUAAAUGUGCAUCCUUCGUUGCUUCCAUCCUUUAAAGGCGCGUGUGCACAUAAAGAUGCGCUUGCAGCCGGUAUACGUGUCUCAGGAUGUACGGUGCAUUUUGUCGAGGUCGAUAUAGAUUCCGGAGCAAUUAUCGAGCAAGCAACAGUCCCCGUAUUACCACACGAUACGGUAGAGACUCUUCAAGAACGAGUGAAAACAGCUGAACAUCGCAUAUUUCCCCUUGCUUUGAAACACUUAACCACAGGAAGGAUACAAUUGAAAGAAGAUAAUUCCAUUGUAUGGAAUUAUUGAACUCGAAAUAUUUUGUAACUAUUUUUGUCUACAAGUAUAUAUGUAUAUUUUUUACCCAGUUAUUGUGAAUUAUUUAUCUUUAUUCAUACAUAAUGAUACCUAAUUUUCGUCGCACAUUGUGCU